AUGGACUACAAUCUGGGCAUCGGCCCUGAGCCAAAACAUGUCGACCGCAAACUACUAUAUACCAGCCUGGAAGAGAGAAUCAAGUAUCUGCAUGCCUUCCUAGACUUUAAUUCCGCCGACGUCGAGGCGCUCAUGACUGGCACAAAAUACAUCAAGCAGCUAAUCCCCGCCGUCGUCAACCUGGUCUACAAGAAGCUGCUGCAAUUCGAUAUCACAUCCCGCGCCUUCCACACCCGGUCUACUGUCGACGAAACAGAACCAGAAAAAGACUAUCUCCAUGAAGAAACACCACAGAUUAAGCGGCGGAAGAUGUUCCUGCGGUGGUAUCUUGUGCGGCUGUGUCAGGAUCCGACGACGAUGGAUUUCUGGCGGUAUCUGAACAAAGUGGGGAUGAUGCACAGCGGCCAGGUCCGCAUGCACCCCCUCAACAUCGAAUACAUUCACAUCAGCGCCUGCAUGGGCUACAUCCAAGACAUCUUCGUCGAAGCACUGAUGUCACACCCACAGUUGUCACUGCGCCGCAAGAUCGCCCUCGUGCGCGCCGUCACCAAGAUUCUCUGGAUCCAGAACGACCUGUUUGCCAAGUGGCAUGUCCGCGACGGCGAGGAGUUCGCCGACGAAAUGUCCGAGUACAGUUUCGACCCACGCGAGGGCUUUCUGGAUGACACGCGCAUUCUCGGCGGCAGCAGCAUUACCACCACUACCACCAACACUACCUCUGGUGGGAGUAGCUUGGUCGAUGAGGAUCAGACUAGUAUUGCUAGUAGUGCGGCGCCUUCGGCUCAUAGUGGGGCGGCGCCGGCGCAGACGGGGGCUUCGAAGGGGUCGAUUUGCCCUUUUGCUGAGAUGGGGAAGGGAUCGUCUGAGACGAAGAUCUGGGCUGAUUGA